AGUCUCCUCCCUUACGGGAGAGGCCCCACCUCCCUCCCUCUUCCCCUCCCUUUCUCUCUCUAGAGCGCAGCUUUCUCUCUCUACGGCGGCGAUGGCGAUCUCCUCCAGGAGCGACCGGCCGAGCGGCCCGGUGCUCCGAUCCCUCUCCCCCGGCAGGUUCAACUCGCUCACCGCCAGGGCGACGACGGCCAUCGAGUCGUCGGCCUCGUCGCUGUCCACGAUGGCCUCCGACUUCGCGAUGAGCUCCGGCUUCUACUCCCCGUCCUCCCCGUCCGCCUCCUCCUUCUUCGGCCGGCGGCCGUCCUCCCCCACCCGCGUCAACCUCUCCUCCUCGCCGCCGCAGCUGCUCUCGUCGUCCUCCGUACGCUUCUCCAUGGACGGCCCGGUGUCCCCGAAGCGGUCGUUCGCCGUCUCGCCUCGCCAUCCGGUGAUCAGCCGCCGCGGCAGCUCGAUCGGGAGGAAGGCGUGCAUGUGCUCGCCGACGUCGCACCCCGGCUCGUUCCGCUGCAGCUUGCACAAGCACUCGGGCAGCGGCGGCGGCGGCGGCGGCGGGGGAGAGGGAAGCGGUCACUCUGACUCGUUCGUGCCGAACCGGCUGAUCAUGCUGCGGUCGGCGAUGAGGAACAGGAUCGUCAGCAUCGGCGGCGUCGAGGGGGACCUGGUGAUGAGAGCCCUGACGGCUCUGAUCCGCCCGUCCUCGCACCAGCAGAGGCGGCUGGGCGCAUUCCGGCCGAGGCCGAGUCGGCUUUCGGCGAUGUCCAAGGCGGCCGCGGCGGAGGAUCUCUAAUCAGGUUGAUUUUACGCGUGCGGCUGGUGAAAUUCGCGUGUGCAGCUCCGGGGACCGAGUCAACUCAGGCGAGCUCGACCACGGCCGCGAGGAGCUGCCGCCGCCGAAUCGGCUCUCGACGGAUCGAUCGUCGGCGGCUUCAUUUGGCUUCGAAGGAGCGGCGGAGUUCGCCGCGAGAGCUGACUUUUGGUUGUACAUAAUAAUUUGACGGCCGUUGACGGCCGGUGACGGAAGAAAGUUUUGGACUUUA